UAUAUUACAAUUUGAAAAUGAAAAAAUUUCUGGAGCAUCGUCACGACGGACAAGCAACGAGAGUUGUAAAACAGUACCAGAAGUACAUCAUCACAAACAUACAUCAUCGAGUGCUAACUUUAUUAACAAUACUAGUAUAAGUGGUAGUGGUGCAGGUGACAAUGACAAUGAACAAGAUAAUUAUGGUGAUGAUCCUGAUGGAACACCGUAUAAAAUACGUUCACAAUCAUUAAUAAAUUUUGAAAAGUAUACAACAAGUCGACAAAUCAGUUGUAGUGGUAGUGAUAGUAACAACGAAACAUUUUUGGAUAAUAUUCAUGAAACUGUAUUUAGUCCGGAAAAAUUAAAAAAUAAUAAUAAUAAUAUUAAUAUAAACAAUAAUGAAAUUCAUGAAACUAAUAAUAAUCAUCAUAAUCAUAAUAAUCAUAUAAAUAUAAUUCCAUUAAAAAGUAAUAAUAUUAAAAAACGUAGGAAUUCAUUAAAUGAAUGGUUACAAGUGGAGAAAAAAUCAUCAAAAUCAUCGGUUCAUCCAAUGAAUAACAAGCAUAAUGAGUACACGAACACAUGGUUGGGAGCAAGUAUAGCUUUAAAAGAUGCAUUUGGACCUCAGCUUAGCACAGACAGUCUACCUCCAACAAUCGACACACCCUUACCACCGCCCAUCACGUUAGAUGACGAUGAUGAUCUGGGCGAGCUUAAAGAUGACCAACGUACCAACUCUGAUGCCAAUGAAACUAGUGACGGGGAUUUGGAUCCAGAGAGUUUAUAUUUCCGAGAUGGUAAACGAAAAAUUGAUAUGGUUUUGGUAUAUGAGGAAGAGGAUUUGGGUGUUAUGACCGAAGCAGAAUCACGUCGACGUGAUCAAAGAAAAAUAUUUCAAGAAAAUUUAAUAAAAGAAGGUUUAGAAUUGGAAAUUGAACCUAAAGAUAUAUCAUUUGAUGGUAAAAGUGUUUUUGUUAAAAUUCAUAUACCAUGGAAAACGAAACAACGAUACGCUGAAGUUAUGAAUAUGAAACUGCCAGUGAAACGUUUCAUCACCAUUUCAGUGAAAGCUUGGGAUGAUGAUAAAAAUGUGAAUAGUGUUACAAGUAGAUUUCAGUUUUUUAAAAAAUGGCAUGACUAUCUCUUAAAUUUAUUCCAUUAUGAUUUUUCAUUAAUACCAGAAGAACCGUCAUUUUAUAGUGAAACAACCGGAGAUCGUGAAGAACAGUUUAUCGUAAAAGAUCGUGUUACUUCGUUUACAAGUGCACAAAGAAGUAUGAUUGUUAUGCAAAUAUUACUCAGGACCAAAUACGAUGAGACUGAUAAAGUAGGUGUACGACGCUUAUUAAAUGAUGGUGCAUAUCUCGCUUGUUUUCCAUUACACGAGGGAGCUUACAACCAUCCAGAUUCAAACGGCACUAUUUUAGAUAGACAUUUAUUAUACUUGGAAUGGGCACGUGCAAGUAAAUGGUACAAAAAACAGCCAUUAUGUUUAAUACGAAAAUAUUUUGGUGAUAAAAUUGCCUUAUAUUUUUGUUGGCUAGGAUUUUAUACAAAAAUGUUAUAUUAUCCAGCAAUUGUUGGAUCAUUAUGUUUUUUAUAUGGACUCUUAUCAAUGGAAUCAGAUGAUAACAUACCCAGUAAAGAAAUUUGUGAUAAAACUGGACCAGGAAAUAUAACAUUAUGUCCAUUAUGUGAUAAGGCAUGUGAUUAUCAACAAUUAUCAGAUAGUUGUAUGUUUGCAAGGCUUACAUAUUUAUUUGAUAAUCCUGCCACUGUAUUCUUUGCAAUUUUUAUGUCAUUUUGGGCUACAACAUUCUUGGAAUUAUGGAAACGCAAGCAAAGGGUAAUAGUUUGGGAAUGGGAUCUUCAAGGUAUUGAAGAGGAAGAAGAAUCACGACCGGAAUUCGAAACAAGUGUGAAAACAUUUCGAACGAAUCCAGUAACUAGAGAAAAAGAGCCAUAUUUACCAACAUGGUCCAGAGCAUUACGUUUUUUUGCAACGGGAUCUGCGGUUUUAUUUAUGAUUUGUGUGGUAUUAGGUGCCGUAUUAGGAACAAUUAUAUAUCGACUGUCGUUAGUAUCAGUGAUAUACGGAGGUGGUGGACAUUUUCUUAGGAAACAUACGAAAAUUUUCACCUCAAUUACUGCUGCCCUAAUUAAUUUAAUUGUUAUUAUGAUAUUAACUAGGAUAUACCAUAAAUUAGCAUUAUGGUUAACAAAUUUAGAAAAUCCAAGAACUCAAACCGAAUACGAAGACUCUUAUACUUUUAAAAUAUUUAUUUUUGAAUUUAUGAAUUUUUAUUCCUCCUUAAUUUAUAUAGCAUUUUUUAAAGGUCGAUUUUUUGACUAUCCAGGUGAUGAAACUUCCAGACAUAACGAAUUCCUUCGUUUAAAAGGUGAUAUUUGUGAUCCUGCCGGUUGUCUGAGUGAAUUAUGUAUUCAACUUGCAAUUAUCAUGAUUGGAAAACAAACAAUUAAUAAUGUUCUAGAAAUUUUUUAUCCAAAAAUGUGGAAUUGGUGGCGUCAACGAACACAUCGUUCACAUACCAAAGAUUUAUCAAAAAAACAUACACGUUGGGAAGAAGAUUACCAUCUACAAGACCCAGGACGACUUGCACUUUUUGACGAAUACUUAGAAAUGAUUCUUCAAUAUGGAUUUGUAACAUUAUUUGUGGCAGCAUUUCCACUAGCCCCAUUAUUUGCUUUGUUGAAUAACAUUGCUGAAAUUCGUUUGGAUGCCUAUAAAAUGGUAACACAAGCUCGUAGACCGUUAGCUGAACGCGUAACAGAUAUUGGAGCCUGGUAUGGAAUUCUAAAAGUAAUCACGUAUGCAGCAGUUGUUUUUAAUGCAUUUGUGAUUGCAUACACAAGUGAUUUUAUUCCACGAAUGGUUUAUAAAUAUAAAUAUUCCGAGAAUUUCGAUUUAGUUGGAUAUAUUGAUGCAUCAUUGAGUGUUUUUAACACGUCACAUUAUACGGCGGAUAUGGGAGCAGAUGGAGGUAAUGACCCGCCAACGUGUCAAUAUAGAGGUUACAGAAAUGGACCAGACGAUGAAAAUAAAUAUGACUUAAGUCCACAAUAUUGGCAUGUAUUCGCAGCAAGAUUAGCAUUUGUUGUGGUAUUUGAACAUCUUGUAUUUGCGAUAACUGGAAUAAUGCAAUAUGUGAUUCCAGAUAUUCCAUCAGAGUUAAAGACACAAAUUUCAAGAGAACAAUUAUUAGCAAAAGAAGCAAAAUAUGAGCAUGGUUUAAAACGUCGUGACGAUUCAGAAGAAAUUCUAAAUAUUUUAAAGGAUAAUAAUUCGAUUAAAAGUCAUGGUAACAAAUCUUUUCGAGGUUCAUGGGCUCGCCGAUUGAGUAAAUUAUCAGAUGGAUUAGAUGCACAUGUUGAAGUGACAACCAAACAACGUAAUUCUGUGGGCUCAACAGUUUGGGAAGUCCUAUAACGUGUUUGAUUUGAAUGUUUGUUAUAAAUCUUGUACUUAUUUCAUGUCAAUUUUCAA